GUCAAGGAGGAGGGCUUCCUGGAGGACAUAAACAAUCUGCUCAACUCGGGUGAAAUUCCCAACCUCUUCACCAACGAACGAAUGCGCCAGAUGGACCGGCAGAAGGAGAAAAGUCAGCAAACCGACGGCAGCAUCGUGGCGCUCUUCAAUCUGUUCGUCACGAUCAUCCGCGAUCAACUCCACAUCGUGUUGUCCAUGUCACCGAUUGGCAGCGCUUUUCGUAACCGUGUCCGUAAUGCACCGAUGUAACCGAUGCAGGAGC